ACGUUCUUUGGGCUUCGCAUCGACCAAACCUUCAGCGCCUACAACUCGACUGCUGGUUCAAUCUAACCAUCAUAUCCCAAAAGUUAUCUGUACAUUUAAAUCCUACUAGAACAGUAUACACAUACAUCACUCUCUUUGAGACCCACAGGGUACUCUCCGCAUCGGGCUAUUACGGAGCAUGGCCACCCCACAACUGCACUCCCUGAACUCGACCGAUUCUCGCAACCAUACUCGUCCACAAUCUCUACCGCUACAGAUAAGAGAACCGUCUCCUGUCAACCUUUUUUCUCCUUCGACUCCCUUGUUGUCGCCGAGUCAUCCCGGUGGCCUUGAGGACUCUCCCGACCUUCAAGCCGUUCUGGACACUCUAGUACAAAAUACCCUCUCAUAUUCUGCUACUUCUCUUCCAGAGUCAGAUCGUUUAUUUUUUUCCACUGAACUACGGCGGCUGAUAGAGGACUCGACUAUACCGCUGGCAGACAAGAUAGAUGGGGCUACAGAGUUGGCGGAUAUGUGUUUAGGACGUGGCUGGGAGUCGGGAACUGACAUUGACAUUGGGGAAGAAUUGGAUAUGGAUGGGAUCAGGGCUAGUGAGGCAGGGAAAUCGGAGGAUAUUAUAACUUCCGAUAAGCACGCCAUUCUAUAUGGCGUAAGGGAGGGAAAUCCUAGAAAGCGUACCAGGCUAGACGAGCAGCUAGUAACACAGGAAAGCGUGCAGUUACCAACAGAUGGUAAGACAGGUGCAGUGGUCCCUAAAUCUGUUGAGAAAAUGCCUGUGUCGCUGGCGAAGGAUUUUCCCGGCGGAUUUCUGCAACAUUGUCCAGAAGAUAUUCUUCUGUACAUAUUCUCUCACCUGGACGCUCGCUCGCUGUGCCGCUCCUCCCAGUCUUGUCGCUAUUGGAAUGCAUUAAUUAGUUCCUUCGAGACGUCGGUAUGGUCUCGGCUUACUCGGUCACGAUGGGGAGUGGGAGAACCGAACCAACUAGGAAUGUCAUGGAAGGAAUAUUUCCAGAUGCAUUGGAACGUGCAAGUUGGACAUUUUGAUUUGCAAAGGUUCAAGGAACAAGAGACCCAGGCGGACGGACCGGGAGGAACACGCCGGAUUGAACAAGGUGUGACUUCUCCUGCGGAAGAUGGCCAUGACGCUCAGAGCCCGCUGUCGAUGGACAUGAUUGGAUCCUCCCAGAGUAGAUUGUCAGUCCCAAGCAAUGUUCGGCGUCGGUACGUGGCAGCUUGGCCAGCGGAUCCAAACAACGCAUAUAUUGUCGCCUUGGAUUCAGAUAAUGCCAAGUUGGCUUGGGUGGACGCCGACGAUCCAAUAUCCAUUAGAGUGUCAUCUAUCAAUCAAGAUGGGAGCCUCUCGCCUCACCGCACAUUGGAGGGACACGAAAAUCCCAUUGGACUUAUUCUCUCCAACAUGGAAGGAACGUUGGUCUCCUUUGACGAUUCUUCCACAAUCAUUGUCUGGAACAUACGGACAAUGCAAUUCGAGCGUGCCAUUAAUGCCAACGAAGAACUCGGAUUUAUCUUUUCCAUGAACAUUCAUAAACGUCGCAUCGUAACUGGCGGGAAGAAUGGAAGAGUCAUUGUGUGGGACGCGGAUACUGGAGAUGCUAUUUGGACAGUCGACGUCGAAGAAAAGUAUUUGUCGGGUCUCUCCGUCCAGAAUCUGCUAAAUGUAGCGGUUUGGGAGGAUCUCGUAGCGUACGGCGUAUGGGAAGGGGGUUUUUGGGUGGGUAACAUGAAGGAGAAAAGGCAAAUUGCCACGUUUGAGGUCGAGGACAUGAGGAAAGCAAUGGCCCUUCGAAGUGGUAAUGGUAUCGUGAGCGAAGGGACGACGUCUGCGUCUGAAGAGACUUUGCACGAAAACCCGAACAAUACCACCAGUGACUCGUCUUUGGUUCUUUCCGAUCGUGUCGAACAAAAUGGGCCGACCAAUGAUACGGCAGGGCCGUCCUCCAUACCGGAAACCCCCUCUUACACUUCAAAUGAUAUACCUUCGUCAGCCAGUUUUCCUCAGGACGGCCCUGCCGAUUCAGAACAUGCUGCUCACGGGGUGACAAGCAAUGGCACCGAUGUCGCUGUUGUAGUUCCACCAGGCGUUCAUGGUGAUCUGACGAUUUGGUUCGAUUCUGACUCGGAAACGGAUACGGAAGAUGAUGAGGAAGGGCCACCAGGGCCUCCUGGUCUGCAUGGCUGGAUACCUCCACCUUUUGUGUUUCCAGCAGCAGCAGAGCCUACACUUUUCCCAAUGACUUUGGCUUUAAAUGGCCAUCUUCUUCUUACCAAUGGACCCGAGAGACAUCAACUAGCUGUAUGGGAUUUGAGAGGUCUCACGCCGCUGUAUACCCUAAGUUCAACGCAAUCCGAUUCCACCGCUCCCUCUCCCGAUGAUGCACGAAGGCGAUCAAGUCACGCCCGUUGGAGACGCCGCCGCGAUGUCCGACCUCCAGAAAUCAAGUUUGCUGAAAUUAGCCGAGAUGGAAGCAUGGUUUUUGCAAGUGUGACAGACAGGUCCAGGCGCAGGCGUCGGCAGGACUUGAUGCUACCUGAGAAACGGAACGAAUUUUUAGUGUGGGACUUUCGGAAGGACAUAAAUACUGAGAAACCUUCUCAAAGAAAAUUUGAAAAAGUUCGAAUCGGAGGACGCGGGGAAGGAGGUUUAGACUGGGCGGAUGGUGACGACGGGGAGGGAAUUGAGAUAUGGAUCUGUUGGGAUGAAGAGGUAAUAGGCUAGGAUUUUGGGACACCACACACUCACGCAUUAUGGCACACGACUUUUUUAUCCUAUUGAAGGAGUUCGUUGCUGACUUUUACCCAGUGUAUUAAGCGAUACAUCCUGGUUUGCAUUUUGUAAAACGGGUGAUUCGCAUUGUGUAAUAUUUUUUUGAACCUUUACUUGCACAUGUUUUUGGAACUUUCUGAAGUUUAAGCUGGGAAAUAGGAAUACUCUGCACGCUUUUAUUCACUGGAAUUUGAGAUAUUAUAUUUCGCCG